AUGUUGCGGACAUCUCUUCGAACCGCAAGGGCGCUGAGCGGCAGGCCCCUUGCUGCCGCCGCCGGCCGUCAAUGGCAAGUCGCUGCCGUGAGGCCUGCCGGCCUGAUCAGCCAGAGGUGCUACGCCGACGACAAGAAGCCAGCGGCUAUCCCCGUGUCCGAGACCAACACUGCUGCCGGCAGCAAACCCCCGACCUCUGAGCCGGCUGUCGCCGAGGCCACGAUCCCCGCUGAGAAUGUCCCGUUGACGCCUCCAGCUCCCGAGGUGGCUGCCGCCGCGACCUCAACGCCGCCUCCCCCUCCUCCCCCGGCGCCGAAGCGAGGCGGCUUCUUCCGCCGCCUGCGCAACUACGUCCUGACGAUGACCAUCCUCGGCGCUCUGGCCUUUGGCGGAGGCGUGUGGUACUCGCGCAUCAACGACAACUUCCACGACUUCUUCACCGAGUACGUGCCCUUCGGCGAGCAGGCCGUGCUCUACCUCGAGGAGAUGGACUUCCGCAAGCGCUUCCCCCAGAUGGCGAACCGCGUCAACAGGCAGCACAGCACCGGCGAGAGCGUCAAGAUCCCCGCCCAGAGCGGUGCGUCAUGGCGCGUGGCUGACCACGAGGCUUCCAGCCGGCAGUCGAGCGCCGUGACUUCCAACUCGGCCAAGGUCCAGGCCGUGAAGAAGGAUGAGUCCAAGCCCGCGGCCAAGAAGCAGACGCCCAAGGCUGAGGAGCCCAAGGCCAAGGAAGCCGCUCCGGCGCCCAAGGUGGAGGAGGCCCCCAAGAAGGCUGCUGCUGCUGCUGCUGCUGCCGCCGCUCCCACUGUCGCCACCGCAGCGUCUACCCCGGCCUUCAAGGCUCCCGAGGUCGAUGAGCCGUCCCGCUGGCCCCCUGCGUCGCCGAUUGACCCGCUGGCUGUCAACGACGCCGUCGAGCCCGUCGUCCAGGACCUCGUCCGCAUGCUGAACGACAUCAUCACCGUCAUCAACCACGACAACGCCAACGAGAAGUACGGCUCGACGAUCGGCAAGGCCAAGAACGAGCUGAACAAGGUCGGCCAGAAGAUCAAGCUCAUCAAGGAGGCUGCCGAGAAGAAGGCCGCCGAGUCGCUGGUGGGCCGCACCGAGGCGUUUGACCGCGCCGCCACCGACCUGGUCACCCGCGUCGAGGCCGCCAUGGUGGCCCAGGAGGCGCAGUGGCGCCAGCAGUUCGAGGAGGAGAUGCAGAAGCUCCGGGAGAGCUACGACGAGCGCCUCAAGAACAUGACGGCGCGCGAGCAGCAGGUCAACGAGGAGAAGACCAAGAACAGGCUGCUCGAGCAGGCUGUCGAGCUCAACAGGCAGUUCGCCCAGGAGGUCAAGGCGCGCGUCGAGCAGGAGCGGGAGGGCCGCCUCGGCAAGCUCAACGAGCUGUCGUCGGCCGUGUCGGAGCUCGAGAAGCUGACGGCGGGCUGGAACGAGGUCGUCAGCACCAACCAGCGUACGCAGCAGCUGCACGUCGCCGUCGAGGCCGUGCGCGCCAGCCUCGAGGACGCCACGCACCCGCGCCCCUUCAUCAAGGAGCUCGUGGCCCUCAAGGAGAUCGCCUCGGACGACCCGGUCGUGGACGCCGCCAUCGCCUCGAUCAACCCGGCCUCGUACCAGCGCGGGCUGCCGCCGACGCCGGACCUGAUCGACCGGUUCCGGCGCGUGGCGGGCGAGGUGCGCAAGGCGAGCCUGCUGCCCGAGGACGCGGGCGUGGCGAGCCACGCGUCGAGCCUGAUCCUCAGCAAGGUCAUGUUCAAGAAGCAAGGGCACGCGGCGGGCGACGACGUCGAGAGCGUGCUGACGCGCACGCAGAGCCUGCUCGAGGAGGGCGACCUCGACGGCGCGGCGCGCGAGAUGAACGGCCUCAAGGGGUGGGCCAAGACGCUGAGCCGGGACUGGCUGGGCGAGGUGCGCAAGGUGCUGGAGGUGCAGCAGGCGCUUGACGUGAGUCUUUUCCUCUCUCUCUCUCUCUACGAUUACUAUCAGGGAGUGUGA